AUGGCUUCUCAAAGCCCCACGGUAGAGCGUAUGCUCUUCGACGUGGGUGAUAGAUGCGCGAAGAUGAGGGAUCCGAACUACGUCAACCUGGUUGUUUCAAUCCUGGUUCUCUUCCUCGUCUUCUUCCGAUAUGACGAGGCUCGGGUGCCUGAUGAGGAAUUAGUUGAGGAACAACCGAAAUGGCAGACGGCCAUUUUCGUCGCUGCCGGUUGCCUCGUUCACGGUCUCCUCGUUAUCGCCAUCACAGGAGUCUUCAGCAUUGCACUCCCAGGGAAGCUUCAACUAUGGGCCAAUUUCCUCGGAAUGAUGGCCAGCGCGUUGGCUGCUGUGCAGUACCUACCUCAAAUACGUACAACAUAUACCCUCAAGCACGUAGGAAGUCUGAGCAUUCCCAUGAUGUGCAUCCAGACGCCAGGCGGCAUCGUGUUUGCUGCCAGCCUGUUUACGCGGCUGGGCUGGGAGGGUUGGAGCACCUGGUCCAUUUACAUCCUGACGGCUAUCAUGCAGGGCAUUGUUCUUGUGAUGGGAGUCUACUACGAAUACAAUAGGCCUUUGGAGAUUCUGACAUCUCCGCCACUCAGUCCCGUGUACAGGCCCAGGCGGCCUGGUCCAAGCAGGACGUAUUCGGAGGGUUGGGAAGAGGGACUGCCGGGCCCUUAUACUGCACACCCUGAGCGAUACGCAGACACGCCCGAGGAGUUUGAGCGUCUCCAGGCCAGGGAAGACAGGCAGGUGGAGCGGGAAACUCAACCGUUGCUGAAACCGGGAGGUAUUGGGCACGCGCAUAAACACGGAGCAUCUUACAACUCGACACGGAACUGA